AUGGCGUCGGAGCUGACCUACCGUGGCGGCAGCGCGGCGACAGGCUCCGCCUCCAACGGCGGGGAGUACUCCCCGAAGCCCUCCAAGCCGCUCUCCUGGCUCUCCCGCGCCGCGCGCUACGCCGCCGCCGAGCACCGCCCCGUCUUCGCCCUCGCCGGCAUGCUCUUCGCUGCCGCCCUCUUCACUUUCUCCUCCCCCUCCACCCCAUCGCCGUCCGAACCUGCCGCGUCGGUCGGAUUCAACCACCUUGCCGUCGCCGGACACCCGUCCUUCCACGAGUCCGUCGGCGGCAAGGUGCCCCUGGGGCUGCGUCGGCGCGCGCUGCGGGUGCUCGUGACGGGCGGCGCCGGGUUCGUGGGGAGCCACCUUGUGGACCGGCUGGUGGAGCGCGGCGACAGCGUGAUCGUGGUGGACAACUUCUUCACGGGGCGCAAGGGCAACGUGGCGCACCAUCUCCAGAACCCCAGGUUCGAGGUGAUCCGCCACGACGUCGUCGAGCCCAUACUGCUCGAGGUCGACCAGAUCUACCACCUUGCCUGCCCAGCCAGCCCCGUGCACUACAAAUGGCACAAGACGAAUGUUGUUGGGACACUGAACAUGCUUGGAUUGGCCAAGAGGAUUGGGGCAAGGUUCCUACUUACAAGCACCAGUGAGGUCUAUGGUGAUCCCCUCCAGCACCCUCAGGUGGAAACUUAUUGGGGCAAUGUCAACCCUAUAGGUGUCAGGAGCUGCUAUGAUGAGGGCAAGCGUACAGCUGAAACAUUAACCAUGGACUACCAUCGUGGUGCCAACCUUGAGGUAAGGAUUGCCCGGAUCUUUAACACAUAUGGUCCUCGCAUGUGCAUUGAUGAUGGCCGUGUUGUCAGUAAUUUUGUUGCUCAGGCUCUGAGGAAGGAGCCUUUGACAGUCUAUGGUGAUGGCAAGCAGACUAGGAGCUUUCAAUAUGUCUCAGAUUUGGUGGAAGGGCUGAUGAAGCUCAUGGAAGGGGAUCACAUUGGACCAUUCAACCUCGGUAAUCCGGGAGAAUUCACCAUGCUGGAGCUGGCCAAGGUGGUUCAGGACACCAUCGACCCAGACGCACGCAUCGAGUUCCGUCCAAACACUGCAGACGAUCCACACAAGCGCAAGCCUGACAUCAGCCGCGCAAAAGAGCUCCUUGGCUGGGAGCCCAAGGUUCCCCUUCGUGAGGGUCUUCCCCGCAUGGUCACUGACUUCCGCAAACGUAUCUUCGGGGACCAGGGAGAAUCCACUGAGGCAGCUGGUGGCCUUUCUUAG